AUGAAGACAACGGGCGUGGAUAUCGAAGAGAUAUUCACCGAAUUGGACCGUAUUCGCCUGCAAUACGGACUGCCGGUCUGGCAUGCUGAAGCUCAUGACCCCAAAUGUCGAAUUCAGUUUGCGCUUAGGUACUUGUUGGGUGUUGGAAAGACGGAUGGGGAAAGCACCGAGCGUUUGUGGAGCCUACUCAAUCCCGCAAGUUGGUCGACAAAGGAAAUGGGAGAAGGCGCCCAUCAUGAUGUCCUGGAGGACAAGAUCGACCUGAUUAAUUUUGAGAAAAACAGGAGCAUGGGGCGGACACUUGCAAGACGUUUGAUUGUCGCUGUAGCAGAGCGUCAAAGGCAGGGCAUUGAAUUCCAGGAGCUGGACGACAGCGAUAACACCCAGACGAAUCCAUUUGAAGUCCAGGGUGGGAAGCUCGCCGGGCCUAGUGAACGCGAAAUAAGUGAAGAGUUGAAACGAGCUGAGGUGGAAGAUGCACGAGCCGGAAUCAAACCUUUGCUGGAAGGUAAAAUGACCAUAACAGCGUUCAUCAGAGCGGGUAUGCAGCUUCAGGCCAUCCAGCGUCGUAUACGGACUGCUCUGAAGGCAAAAAAGUCAGCAGAUCAAGCGAGCCAGAUACAAGAAUUACGUCUAUCUCUGAUCAAACAAAUGCGCACCUUCGAAAAACUUCAACUAACUUACAUGCCUGGGGUUCAGGGUCUUCGCGACGCAGCGCGGUAUAAAUUGGACGCGGAGGACGCGCAACCGGAAAACGCAAAGCUUUAUCUUCCGUCACAGUUAACCGCGGAAGAGUGUCGACAAGUCAGCAUGGCGGACUUGAUUGAGACCGAAGCGAAAUUGCGUCGGGGACAGUGUGCAGAUGCACUGGCUGCCUUACGAGGGAGGCUUCAUUCGAAGCAACACAUGAUUUGGUUUCGCGGGGAAAACAUGGUGGGGCAACGUGCAAGAACGCGCUCCGUCACUCUAAUGGCUCGGAUGGAAGAAGGUGUAACGAAGGCCGCUGCCAAAUAUACUGAAGGCUACGAGGCUCUCGUUCACCUCAAAGGCAAACGUUACGCUCCUGAGUUUCAAAAAUUGGACAAGGCCCAUUUGAACACUCGUAUCGAAAUCGAGAGUGACGAAGAUGCAGCAAGAAGCUUACGAACAGCAGACGGAUCGCGACCUACGAGAGAGGAGACUGCUGCAAAAAAAGAAGAAAACCAAGACGGCGCCAAUUUCCUGGAUUUGGGCAGCAGGCGGGCAGGCCGACGGGGUUGA